UUGUCUAAAGUGCUUUCAUGUGAAUUAGGUACGCAUCAACUGCAGAGUUAAAUUUAGGACAAUACGCACCACGACCUACCCCAAAUCAUUACAAUGGAGACCUGUUAUCGCACACUUUGGAUGACAGUUGUUCUGGCAUUGAUUACGCGGAGAUCAGCCGCGGUAGGGCCGGUUAUCCGGUGUGAACCUUGUGAUGCUGGAGCCCGGCUCCUCUGCAAGCCGUUGCCCAAGGACUGCACCGAGAGAGUUCGCGAAACUGGCUGCGGGUGCUGCAUGACUUGCGCGCUGGCAUUUGGACAGCCGUGCGGGGUGUACACCGGGAGAUGUGGCUCCGGGAUGGCAUGCCAGCAGCAGCCCGGCGAGACGAAACCUCUCCAAGCUCUGCUGGAAGGACGAGGACAGUGUGCGAUUGCAACCAUUAAAAGAUCCACCGCCGCUUUACCUGCCGUCAAUGAGAUACAAGAGAAUGUGGGUGGUACUCAGGAGGAGGAGCAAAACACCACCGCCCCAGUGAUCCAAGCCCCCCAAGCCCUUUUCAGCACCAGCAGACCUCCUGUAGGCCCCCCCAGACUCCCCCACCACACCUCUCUCCUCCACCCUGUCAAGGCAGUGGUCAUCCACAGGGAGCAGCUGAAGAGGGCCCGGAGCUACAAAAUGGAGGAACUCCCUGGAGCUCACAGCACAGACCAACAGAACUUCUCCCUGGAAUCCAAGCAGGAGCCAGAGUAUGGUCCCUGUCUUAGAGAGAUGGAGAGUGUCCUCAAAGGACUGAAGAUCACAGACAUCCUCAACCCCAGAGGCUUCCACAUCCCAAACUGUGACAAUAAGGGCUUCUACAAAAAGAAACAGUGCCGUCCAUCCAAGGGCAGAAAGCGAGGGUUUUGCUGGUGUGUCGACAAGUAUGGGCAGCCAUUGCCAAGUUUCAACGGGAAGGAGAGAGGAGACACCCAGUGCUACAACUCUGAGAGCCAAUAAGACCUGAGCAGCAAGAAGGAACCAGAGAGAGAGAGAGAGAGGCGGAGAGAAAGAAAAGGGAGCCAUGAACACACAGAAAAACUAUGAGGAUAUUGGGAUCCAAAAGGGUCCAAAAUGGCUGGGCCUGGACGUGUUGGCUGGCAUUGAUGAUACUUCGGCCAACAGGAAGGCAGGGCAGGAGGAUGGAAGGCAGGGCAGGAGGAGUGGCUUGAGAAGAGGACUCAUCCAAUCACACUCCUUGUGUCCAACACACACUCUCCAAUGCUAUGUGCUGCUCCUGUAAGCAGUGUGUGGAUGGAUUCUCCAUAGACAGAGGGCAGUACUUCUAAGGACAAAUUAGAUAAUUAAUUCCAUUGCAGAGGCCUAGCCUUGAUGAUUACAGACUUGAUGACAGAGACUUAUAUACAGUAAUUCUGUAUGUUUGAUAUGUUACUGUAUGUAUUUGUGUGUGUGUGUGUGUGUGUGUGUGUGUGUGUGUGUGUGUG